CCAACACUGAUUAUUAUUUGCUUAAUUAAAAAGGGUAUAAAUUGGGAAAUUUAUGUUGAUGGUACAUUUUAAAGAGUGUCGCCAUGGGUCGUACACUGCCGGUGAUUUUUGCCACUUUAGUGCUUCAAGCACUAUGGAGCUCUGCUUUCUCCUCCCUUCUGGGCCCGCGGCCAGCAGCCACGUACUUCGUCGACCAAGCUGAAGUAGAGGGAAACGAAUAUUGCCACUCCUGCAUCAAAAUCGAUAACAAAUGCUACAACCACACCUUGAUGUUCGAGCUCCCAGCGCCCUUCGGCGAACACCCCGUCGUUAAACGAAUGGGCAUCAUGAGAGCUACCAACAUUCUAUACUACACCUUCGAACCACAAUUCAGCGACAAGGAAUACUCCAAAGUUGGCUUCGUAUCCCUACACUCUACGAGAUACUCUGGCGUCGUCUCCGGCUGGCAAACUUACAACUUUGGUCCCUUUGAUAUCAAUCAGAAAGAGAAAAAAGUAUAUCUAGGUGGCUCCGACGGCAUAUGGACCGUCAAUUCUACCAGCCAUAUCCCAUCCUUUUUUGGCGUGAAAGGUAAUCUCAUCACUAACGUUGUUGUAAAGGACUACUUAUACUUCAGUAAGUCAGAUCAUCAAGGAAUUGUGAAAUAUGUAAACGGAAUGUACGUUGAAGUAUUGGGAAAUAGAUGGAUAAGUAAUUUUGUCUUGGACAAAACUGUCGCGUAUAACAUUGUGUAUUUGAAUGAAACUGGAUUGUGGAUUUCAUUCAAUAGUAAGAACCAGAAAGAUGUAAGACUAUCAACAGAACGGUUUAUCAGAGGGUUGACUGUCGAUAUGAAAGGGGCAGUGUACGCGUGGCAUGUAGACGGGAUAUAUAAAGUUGUCGUAGGCAGUCCUCUUUCGCAGUCUACUCUGAAACACGUUGCAAGAAUUGCGCCUGAUGCAAUGGCGUUUGAUGAAUCAAACAACAUCAUAUAUUCGAACGGCAAAACGUUGUAUAAGUUGAGUGUAGUUGCUACCAAUAAGUGUUGGUAAACAGUUGAAGAUUACGUGUUCUGUUACUGAACUUGCUUUGCUGAAAAUAUGCAAUUACCAAGAAUUUAUUUUAUAAUUUACGUUACUACUUUUCUUUAAUUUGCUAUAUUUAUCCAGUCUACUUUAAGCGUAUAUGAAAUGUAAUGUUUCGUUGCUUCCUGUAAAAUGCUGUAUUGUUUAAAACAAAAUAAAUGAAGCCUUGUUUUUUGCCUUUA